AAACCCCCACAAAUCCUAAAACAGUGGAAAAACCAUUCUCUCUCUCUCUCUCUCUCUCUCUUUCCAGCUUUCGCUGUCACUAUGCACAAGACUUCUUCUUCCUCAUCCCUGGGUCCAGGAGGACUGGACCUUACCCAGGCCUUCUUCAAGCCCAUCCACAGCGCCGCUCCUCCCUCCCCUACCAAGCGCCACACCAAGAUCUCCGUCAUUGGUGCUGGCAACGUCGGCAUGGCCAUUGCCCAGACCAUCCUCACUCAAGAUCUCGCCGAUGAGCUCGCCCUCGUCGACGCCAAGCCCGACAAGCUCCGCGGCGAGAUGCUCGACCUCCAGCACGCCGCUGCCUUCCUCCCCCGCACCAAAAUCCUCGCCUCCGUCGACUACGAAAUCACCGUCGGAUCGGAUCUCUGCAUCGUCACGGCCGGGGCCCGCCAGAUCCCCGGCGAGUCUAGGCUGAACUUGAUUCAGAGGAACGUGUCUUUGUUCCAGAACAUCAUACCCCCGCUCGCGCGGUACUCCCCGGAAUCCAUCCUGCUGAUCGUUUCCAAUCCCGUGGAUGUGCUGACUUACGUGGCGUGGAAGCUGUCUGGAUUCCCUUCGAAUCGCGUCAUUGGGUCGGGCACUAAUUUGGAUUCGUCCAGAUUUCGUUUCCUCAUCGCGGAUCAUCUCGAUGUCAAUGCUCAGGAUGUGCAGGCAUACAUAGUUGGGGAGCAUGGCGAUAGCUCGGUGGCACUAUGGUCGAGCAUAAGCGUCGGUGGCGUGCCGGUGUUGAGCUUCCUAGAAAAACAACAAAUCCCCUACGAAAAGGAAACCUUGGUGAACAUUCACAAAGCGGUCAUAGGUGGUGCGUACGAAGUGAUCAGCCUCAAGGGAUACACUUCAUGGGCAAUUGGAUACUCGGUGGCUAACCUGGCUCGGUCCAUACUUAGGGACCAGAGGAAGAUCCACCCCAUCUCGGUCCUUGCAAAGGGGUUCUAUGGUGUCGAAGGUGGGGACGUGUUCCUGAGCUUGCCAGCCCAGCUUGGUAGGGGUGGGGUGCUGGGUGUCACCAAUGUGCAUCUCACGGACGAGGAGGCGCAACAGCUGAGGGACUCGGCUAAGACCAUCCUUGAGGUCCAAAACCAGCUAAAUAUAUGACCAGACAUAAAUCUCAGUGGACUGGCCUGGUCUGGCACCUAACUUUUGAUUUGCAUUUGCGCGUGUAUUUUGGCUUAUUGCGCUUUGGUUUUUUCAGCCAUUAGGAAUCGGCAUGUCAUAUGGAUCACUUUAUUUAGUCUUGGGCUUGCUACUUAUUUUAAUAUAAAUCAGUUUUCGAUUUCCUAUUUUCAA